CUUUCACAAUUUUCGUUCUUUCCCCCGGAAAGCGCAUAUCCAAAUAAAUCCAAUACGAGUAAGUAAUUUUCCGAAUUUCCAAAUCCAAAAAGCCCCUCGGAAAUUCGUUAACAGAGCUGAAAACUAAAAUUAAAAUCAGAAAAAACAAAUGAGUCGAGCAAUUUUCAAAUCGACGUUGUUAGCAGGCAUCAGCUGCUCCACUCAGCUGAGAUUCACUAUUAACGGUUCCAGUUUCCGAGCAUUUGGAAAAUCUCCCUCUUCUUCUUCAUCUUCUAGGGUUUCUCCAAUGGCCACUUCCGAACGUUCAGAUGCUGCUGCUGCUUCUUCUCCUUCUUCUUCAUCCCCUGCCUCUCGUUCCGCUACCUCCGCUAUCGAUUUUCUCACUCUCUGCCACCGCCUCAAGACGACAAAGAGAGCUGGAUGGGUAAAGAAAGGGGUGGAGAAUCCAGAAUCAAUUGCUGAUCACAUGUAUCGGAUGGGAGUAAUGGCUCUAAUUGCUGCUGAUAUUCCUGGUGUCAAUCGAGACAAGUGCGUAAAAAUGGCGAUUGUGCAUGAUAUGGCUGAAGCUAUUGUUGGUGACAUCACACCUUCAGAUGGGAUUUCUAAGCUUGAAAAGAGUCAGAGGGAGCAAGAGGCGCUGGAGCACAUGUGCAAAUUACUUGGUGGUGGCCCACAAGCUAAGGAGAUAGCUGAUUUGUGGACUGAAUAUGAAGAAAAUACUUCAUUAGAAGCUAAGGUGGUUAAGGACUUGGACAAGGUGGAAAUGAUUCUUCAAGCCUUGGAGUAUGAAAAUGAGCAAGGGAAGGAUUUGGACGAGUUUUUCCAGUCAACAGCAGGGAAGUUCCAAACGAACAUUGGUAAAGCUUGGGCUUCAGAAAUUGCAUCAAGAAGAAGGAACCAUUGACACAUUAAAUUUUUCUUGUAUACUGUCACAAUCUCCUAUUACUUUCAAAGAACUAAUUCUAACCAAGGCAGGCUGACGCAGGCUUUUAAAGUCCUCUGCAUCAGUAAUGUUACUCAGCAAGAGAAUAGUACUCGGCUGAGUAAACACAGAACUUGGUUUUCUUGUUAUUGUUUCCAGACUGACCCGAUAUAUCACUUAGGAUGGCCAAUGUAGCCAAAGGCUCUUGUUUGUGCAGUUAAAAACGGCAUAUUAUGCUCUUCAUGCAUGAACGACAAUAAUUUGUCUGGAUAAUAUUCCAUCAAUAGUUUCUGUUAGAAAUUAAACCUGCAGAUGCUUGUACUGUUUAUUUAUGGUAAUCUUUUCCAAGUUUGGCUUGUAUA